AGUACACGCUCCAUCUAGGCCUAGAAACUGACGCCCUCUCAGCUGAUAAAGAGAGGAACUUCCUUUCUUCCCUUCGCCGGCGUGAAAUCGGAGGAGUCUUGUUGAGACUUGAAGGUUUUUGAUUGUCGAAAAUGUCGAAUCUUCCCCAAUCGCACUCCAUGAAUGCUGCGUUUGGAGGUCCUGGUAUCGGUUCGUCGAUCCCCAGUGCCUCCGGAGCUGCACCGAACAAGGAGCGAAAAAUGGCUUCUUCGGAGCAACUAGUGCUCGACCUCAGCAACCCGGAACUCCGGGAGAACGCUCUCCUUGAACUGUCGAAGAAGAGGGAACUGUUUCAAGACUUGGCUCCAUUGUUGUGGAACUCCUUUGGAACCAUUGCUGCCUUGUUGCAAGAAAUUGUAUCAAUAUAUCCUGUUCUGUCUCCCCCUAAUCUGACCCCAGCGCAGUCGAAUAGAGUUUGCAAUGCUCUUGCUCUUCUUCAGUGUGUAGCUUCACACCCAGAUACGAGGAUGUUGUUUCUCAACGCUCACAUACCCUUGUAUUUGUAUCCUUUCCUCAACACGACUAGCAAGUCGAGGCCCUUUGAGUACUUGCGCCUUACUAGCUUGGGUGUCAUCGGUGCGCUAGUGAAGGUAGAUGAUACAGAAGUAAUAAGUUUUCUGCUGUCAACUGAAAUAAUUCCUCUAUGCCUGCGUACAAUGGAAAUGGGAAGCGAGUUGUCAAAAACAGUUGCAACAUUUAUCGUGCAGAAAAUUUUACUGGAUGAUGUCGGGUUGGAUUAUAUUUGUACUACAGCCGAAAGAUUUUUCGCUGUUGGUCGAGUUCUGGGAAACAUGGUUGCAGCUCUUGCUGAGCAACCUUCGUCUCGUCUCUUGAAGCACAUAAUUCGAUGUUAUCUUCGAUUGUCCGAUAACCCGAAAGCUUGCGACGCCUUAAGGAGCUGUCUUCCAGACAUGCUGAGAGAUUCUACUUUCAAUGGCUGUCUUCGGGAUGAUCCAACCACUAGGCGGUGGCUUCAACAGUUGCUGCUCAGUGUAGGAAUGAGUAGGGUUCCUACACUUCAGGCCGGGGCUGGAUUUGAUCACAUGAUGUGAACUAAACCCGUAAUGUAUGUUCCAAAAUUCUCUGUAUUAGCAUCACCUCAGCAUUGCCUAAACUUAUUUACGGGUUUGUAAUUCUAAAAAACAAUCUGCUCGAGUAAACCUUCUCGAGUAAAAGAAUUAUACACAUGUUUAUAGCUUUGUCAUUAGAACUGCUCUCUGUUUUCUUCGAGUAAUCUAUUGUGCAUCUAUGAACCAUG